AUGAGCUCCCUGGCACUCACCACCACGCUGCACAGCCUCCUCACACUGGUGCCAAGACUCCUGAUGCCUUCUGAGCUGCUGGCUGAGCGUAGAUUAAGUGAGGAGGUGGCGGGAGCACAGCGCCUACCUACUGCUCUUCAAGAUUCCAACUUAACGAACUCACUCACAACACGCUGUUACGGGGUCUACGGGUGCUUCAGUCUUGGCCCUCCGUUCUUCUCUAUGGCGCGCCCGAUCAACGCCUUCCCGCUGCAGCCACACGAGUUAGAGCCAACCCUUUGCCUCUACACCAGGGACACUCCGGCACACUGUCAGAGACUUCCAAUCUUCAACGUUCGAGCCGUGAGGAAGACAAGCUUUCGACCUGAUGCAGAAGUAAAGAUUUUGACACACGGGUACCUGGAACACGGCGAGAAACGGUGGCUCAAGAAAAUGACGGAGGAGUACCUGGCGUGGGGUGACGUGAACGUGGUGGUGGUGGGGUGGGUGACUGCCUCGGGGCCGCCCUACACCCAGGCAGUGGCCAACGUGCGUCUUCUUGGGGCAAUGCUGGGGCGCUUCCUCCUAAACCUGCAGGAUGAGAUAGGGGUCUCUGCCUCCCGGGUACACUUCGUGGGCCACAGCCUCGGGGCCCACAUGGCAGGGUACAUGGGCCAGUACAUGCAGACCCAUGGUGCAACACUCGGACACAUCACAGGAACUUCACCAGGACUGGACCCCGCCGAGCCUUACUUCGAGGGAACUGACCCCGUGGUACGACUAGACCCAUCUGACGCUACCCUGGUCACCGUCAUUCACACCGACGCUGGACCGAUUCUGACGGGAGGUCUGGGUAUGCUGCAGCCUUCAGGACAUUACGACUUCUAUCCCAACGGCGGGAUUACCAUGCCGGGCUGCGGGGCUCACCUGGGGGAGUCGCUGGUUAAGGAGCAGGGCAACAUUCCUUACGACCCCUAUUCUGAAACGCUCUGCUCCCUCACCACAGAGAAAAUUGACCAUGUUUUCAAGAGAAUUCGCCGCUUCAUAGGAUGCAAUCACAUUCGAUCCUACGAGUACUUCACGGAGUCCAUCAACGCGGUGUGCCCUUUCCUGGGGAUAGAGUGCCCCUCCUGGGAGAGUUACCAGCUGGGGGCGUGCUGGUCCUGCGGGGGUCCGGCGAGGCAGAGGGGCAGUGGUGGUGGCGGGAGAAGUUGCGCAAGAAUGGGAGCACACGCAGCAACUCCCUAC